AUGGCGCCCAAGUCGAAAAAGGCUACGGCUGAAAAGCCACAUGGCUACGAAUUCGGAGGACCCAUCGGCGCCUUCCUCAUUUCCUUCGGACUGCCGAUUCUUGUGUACCUGUUCGCCUUCAGCUGCAACGAUGUUUCCGGCUGCCCUGCACCUUCCCUGCUGAGCCCCUCGACCUUGAAGCUCGAUCAACUCAAGCGCGAAGUCGGAUGGCCCGAGGAGGGCAUUUGGGGCCUCGGGAGCGUCAAGGUCACCGGUGCCGUCUUGGGAUACUAUCUCUUCAAUGCGCUCCUCUACCGCAUCCUUCCUGCCACCGAGGUCGACGGCGUUGAGCUCGCUUCUGGUGGCCAUCUCAAGUACCGCUGCAACUCCUUCGCCUCUAGCAUUUUCAUUCUGACCGUGUGUCUCGCCGGCACUAUUGCUCAGGGCGCCGAGUUUCCCCUUUGGACCUUCAUCACCGACAACUACAUCCAAGUCGUUACCGCCAACAUUCUCAUCGCAUAUGCCCUGGCCAUCUUUGUGUACGUCCGGAGCUUCAGCGUAAAGCCGGGAAACAAGCAGCUCCGCGAACUCGCAGCUGGCGGUCACUCGGGCAACAUGAUUUACGACUUCUACAUCGGACGAGAGCUUAACCCCCGCAUUACUCUUCCCAUCCUCGGCGAGAUUGAUAUUAAGGAGUGGAUGGAAAUCCGUCCUGGUCUGCUGGGCUGGGCUCUGAUGAACUUUGCAUGGAUGGCCAAGCAGUACCGGACCUAUGGCUUCGUCACCAAUAGCAUUGUCUUUACCUCGGCAGUCCAGCUUGCGUACGUUGUUGACUGCUGGUGGAACGAGCCUGCGAUCUUGACCACCAUCGAUAUCACUACGGAUGGCUUCGGGUUCAUGCUUUCUUUCGGCGAUCUCGUCUGGGUGCCGUUCGUCUACUCGGUACAGACUCGCUACCUAGCCGUGUAUCCCCACUCGGUGAGCCCCUUGGGUAUGGCCGGUAUUGUCGCGGCCAUUGGCGUUGGGUUUUCCAUCUUCCGCCUGUCCAACAGCCAGAAGAACGCGUUCCGUAACAACCCCGAAGACCCCAGCGUGUCUCAUCUCAAAUACAUCGAAACCAAGGCGGGGACUCGCCUCCUCGUCACGGGCUGGUGGGGAGUCGCCCGACACAUCAACUACCUCGGCGAUUGGCUGCAGUCGUGGCCGUACUGCCUGCCCACGGGCAUGGCCGGAUACACGAUUGUCUCUGCUGGCACGGGAUACGCGGAGGCCGGGCUCGAGGGAGCUUUCAAAAUGGCGGAUGGUCGUGAGGUGAUUUCAGGUGCCGCGCGCGGAUGGGCUAUUCCCAUUACGUACUUUUACAUUUUGUACUUCGCCGUGCUGCUGAUUCACCGGGAUCGCCGCGACGACGAGAAGUGUUCGCGCAAAUACGGCGAGGACUGGGAGAAGUACAAGAAGAUUGUGCGGUGGAGAAUCCUGCCUGGCAUCUACUGA